CAAUAUCUUUAAAAAAACGAUCAAUUAGUGUUCUGUAUCUAAACUGGGUUUAGUAAUGUCUCAAUAUUAUUUCGCUUCGAAAAACUGCAUAUAGAUGACCUGAAAAAUUAGCGUUUUGUUCUGUCGUCUGCACUCUGCUAAUUUAUCAAAACUCAAAUUUCAGUCUACUUGGCAGUCCAGUUCAUCAACGUAUUUUCUUCUUUUCGAGUAAUUUCAGAUUUCUGUUUCGUCUUGCUGAGAUUUCGCGGCUCUGUUUUUUCAUCGAGAAGGUCUUUCAGCUCCCAGUACAAUAUUUCAACACCACAUAAUAUGCUCAAGACGAUGGCCAGCGAGAAGCCUUUAAUUUUAGAUGGAGGGCUCGGCAGCUUACUGUUUUCCAGAGGAACAUUCGUUAAAGGCGAUCCCCUGUGGUCAGCCCGUUGUUUGACGUCGGCAGAGUCGGAUGGUCGCCGCCAGCUGCGUCAAGCCCACCUGGACUAUUUGGCGGCAGGAGCUCACAUCAUCAGGAGCAACAGCUACCAAAUGAGCAUCGAACAUCUCCGGAAAUGUCUACCCGGUCUUUCUCAGGAAGAGGCGCUGGAAAUGAUGCGCGAUUCGGUUAGAAUUGCUCGCGAAGCUUGCCGAGAUUAUUGGCAAUCCAUCGGAGGAGAAAGCUCCGGUAAAACAGAACCGAAAGUGGCUGGGUCUAUCGGCCCCUAUGGAGCCUGUCAAGCUGAUAUGUCAGAAUAUACUGGCGCGUAUGUCGAUUGCAUGAGCGAAGAAGAUUUCAUCGAAUGGCAUCGGCCACGUUUGACGGCCUUACUCGAAGCCGGUGUGGAUUAUUUGGCGUUUGAAACAUUCCCUGCGUUGCUGGAAGCCAACGCAAUCCUGCGACUUCUACAACAAGAGGCUCCCCAUAUGCCAGCUUGGAUAUCAUUCUCCUGCAAGGACGAAAAACAUGUUUGUCACGGAGAGACGUUGGCCAGCGCUUUCGAACAGAUUUGGACGAAUAAAACGGACGGUUUGAAAGCUGUUGGAAUUAACUGCACUCCCGGAAGAUUAAUUAAACCACUUUUACGGUCUCUUGAUGGCGUUAGUAAUGUGCCUGUUGUUCUUUAUCCUAAUCGAGAGGAAUGCCUUGGUGAAGAGGAUGAACUAAUUCUUGUUUAUCCGAAGCCUGACGACAAGGAAAACUCGAAAGAAGAUACCUUAGGUAAGUUAGCUAAAGAAUGGUUAGCCAAUCAUCCAAAUGUUUUUGCAAUCGGAGGAUGUUGUUUCUAUCAUCCGUCAGACAUUCAUAAUCUUAGCCGUGUGUUUGGCAACUAGUUCCCUUGGGUUAUUAUGUUUUUUUUUUUACUAUCGGCUUGUAAUGGCAAGAUGGAACUAAAGUCGAUUCUGAUUUCUAAGUAUACUACUUAGAUGAAGGCUAUGUCAAAGAGCAGAAUCGAUAAAAAAUUUAAUUGGCAUAUGGUUUACAAUGAAACAAAUUAAACUAGUUUUAAACGUU